GAAACAGAAUCCGAGCCAGAACCCGAAUACCCAGGCAAAUUCAAACCCACCUUAAUCGUCUUCGCCAUAGCCCUAGCCAUAUUCCUCCUGGGCCUCGACUGCACAAUAUUCUCAACCGCCAUCCUCAAAGUCACGGAAGAAUUCCACGCGCUGGCUGACGUGGGCUGGUACGCCAGCGGUUACAUGUUGACAUUCUGCGCGUUCCAACUGACAUGGGGGAAAGUGUAUACGUUUUGCUCGAUCCGGUGGACGUAUCUGGUUGCGCUGUUCUUGUUUGAAUUGGGAUCGAUUAUCUGUGCUGUUGUACCGUCGUCGCUGGUCCUCAUUCUUGAGAGGGCGAUUGCGGGUGUUGGGAGUUGGGGGACGAGUGUUGUUACCAGCCAGGCUGUUAAUCGAGAUGAGAGCCAUGUCACUGUGCCCAAGCGGGUGUUUAAAGACCGCAGAAUUUGGGCUGAUGCUAUCUUCGGGGCCAGCAUCAUCGGGCCGUUUUUCAUUAUGCUCUACUAUAUCCCCAUCUGGUUCCAAGCAAUCAAAGGUGCCUCAGCAAUCAAAUCCGGCAUCAUGAACCUCCCCAUGGUCCUCGGCUUCGUCAUCUUCUCAACGCUAGGCGGCGCCCUGACAUCCAAAACCGGCCACCCCGUCCCCUUCACCUACCUCGCUGUCAUACUCACAUCCAUCGGCGCCGGCCUCCUAACAACCUUCAAACCCACCUCUGGCCACCCAGAGUGGAUAGGCUACCAAUGGAUAGGCUACCAAGUGAUCUUCGGCGCAGGCACAGGACUCGGCUACCAAACCACCCUAACAGUCGUACAGACACUUCCAGUCCGCGACGUCUCCAUCAGUACAUCGAUCGUCCUCUUUCUGAUGAAUCUGGUUGGCACAGUCAUGUUAUCUGUUGUCGAGAACGGGUUUACGAACCAGUUGGUUGGGAAUUUGGGACGGUUGUCGAGUGGUGUUGAUCCGGAUGUUGUUAUGGGCGCUGGGGCGACGGGGUUUCGGGAGAUGGUGUCGGAGGAUAUGUAUGGGGAGGUGUUG